CUCGGUGUCUGCAAAUGCAUAGAGCCAUUCAUUUGCUGUCUUCUGGGGGGAGGUUGUCACCAUUGGCAUUUGAAAAGGAAACUGCUAAAAUGAGAAUCCCAGCGGAUAGGAGCUAAAUAACCUUGGAGAAGCUCACCGAGCUGGAGGAGCAGAAGGGGUGAAGCUGGGGAGCGGCGUCUCCAGGCGUCUGUGUAGCUGUGUAGCUGGGCAUCGUCCCAGAACAGGCUUCUUGGAACCCAUGACCCAUGAAGUCUUGUCAACAUUCUUAUCAACUGAGUGUAUCAGCGAAGAAGCAGAAGAAGUAGGAGACUGUGGCGUCAUUGUGAGUGACCCUGGUGGCUUAUGGGAGUGGGUUUAGGACCCUCUGUGACACGUGCUUCGUGGGACGAUGAGAAUGCUGAGAGCAAAGAGGCCUGAGGUCGCAAUCCCGUGGCUCCUCCUGGUCACAGCAGGCUGCCUGGCCGGCUUGAAUGAGGUUCCUCAGGUCACCGUGCAGCCUGCAUCCACGGUCCAGAAGCUCGGAGGAACCGUGAUCCUGGGCUGUGUGGUGGAACCUCCAUGGGUGAACGUGACCUGGCGCCUGAACGGGAAGGAGCUGAAUGGCUCAGAUGAGGCUCUGGGUGUCCUCCUCACCCGAGGGACCCUCGUCAUCACUGCCCUCAACAACCGCACCGUGGGACGGUACCAGUGUGUGGCUCGGAUGCCUGCAGGGGCUGUGGCCAGCGUGCCAGCCACAGUGACACUAGCCAACCUCCAGGAUUUCAAAUUAGAUGUGCAGCAUGUGAUCGAAGUGGAUGAGGGGAACACAGCUGUCAUUGCUUGUCACCUGCCUGAGAGUCACCCAAAAGCCCAGGUCCGGUACAGCGUCAAGCAAGAGUGGCUGGAGGCCUCCAGAGACAACUACCUGAUCAUGCCAUCAGGGAACCUGCAGAUUGUCAAUGCCAGCCAAGAGGAUGAGGGCAUGUACAAGUGUGCUGCCUACAACCCAGUGACCCAGGAAGUAAAAACCUCUGGCUCCAGUGAUAGGCUGCGUGUGCGCCGCUCCACAGCUGAGGCUGCCCGCAUUAUUUAUCCCCUGGAAGCCCAGACCGUCAUUGUCACCAAAGGCCAGAGUCUUAUCCUGGAGUGUGUGGCCAGUGGGAUACCACCCCCUCAAGUCACCUGGGCCAAGGAUGGGUCCAGUGUCACCGGCUACAACAAGACACGCUUCUUACUGAGCAACCUGCUUAUUGACACUGCCAGCGAGGAAGACUCAGGCACCUACCGCUGCAUGGCCAGCAAUGGGGUCGGGGAGCCGGGAGCAGCAGUCAUCCUGUACAACGUGCAGGUGUUUGAGCCCCCCGAGGUCACCGUGGAGCUGUCCCAGUUGGUCAUCCCAUGGGGUCAGAGUGCUAAGCUCACCUGUGAGGUGCGCGGGAACCCUCCACCCUCAGUGCUGUGGCUGAGGAAUGCCAUGCCCCUCACCUCCAACCAGCGCCUGCGGCUGUCCCGCCAAGCCUUGCGUGUGGUCAGCGUGGGGCCGGAGGAUGAAGGUGUCUACCAGUGCAUGGCGGAGAACGAGGUUGGGAGCGCCCACGCGGUGGUCCAUCUUAGGACUGCCAGGCCAGGCACAACCCUGAAGCCCUGGCAGGAUGCUAAGCCGGCCACUGCCACACCUCACGUGCCACCCUCUAGACCCAGCAGCCCUAACCAGAAGCUGAGGGAGCGACCAGGGCUCACCAGGCUCCCAGCGUCAAUGCAGCCUCAUUCUCCACAAUGCCCAGGAGAAAAGGGCCAGGUGGCUCCCGCCGAGGCCCCCAUCAUCCUCAGCUCACCCCGGACCUCUAAGACUGACUCCUAUGAGCUAGUGUGGCGGCCUCGGCACGAGGGCGGCAACCGAGCACCCAUCCUCUACUACCUGGUGAAGCACCGCAAGCAGGUCUUAAAUUCUUCUGAAGACUGGACCAUCUCUGGCAUUCCAGCCAACCAGCACCGCCUAACCCUCACCAGACUGGAGCCUGGCAGCUUGUAUGAAGUAGAGAUGGCAGCAUACAACUGCGCUGGCGAGGGCCAGACUGCAAUGGUCACCUUCCGAACUGGACGACGACCCAAGCCUGAGAUCGUGGCCAGCAAGGAGCAACAGAUUCAGAGAGAUGACCCUGGCGCUGGCCCCCAAAGCAGCAUCCAGCCAGACCACAGCCGCCUGUCUCCCCCAGAAGCUCCAGACAGGCCCACGAUCUCAAUGGCCACUGAAACCUCAGUGUAUGUGACCUGGAUUCCUCGUGGGAAUGGCGGCUUCCCGAUCCAGUCCUUCCGUGUAGAGUACAAAAAACUAAAGAAAGUGGGAGACUGGAUUCUGGCCACCAACGCCAUCCCUCCCUCGAGGCUCUCCGUGGAGAUCACAGGCCUAGAGAAAGGCACUUCCUACAAGUUCCGAGUCCGAGCUCUGAACAUGUUGGGGGAGAGUGAGCCCAGCGCCCCCUCCCGGCCUUACAUGGUGUCAGGUUACAGUGGUCGAAUGUAUGAGAGGCCAGUGGCGGGCCCUUACAUCACCUUCACAGACGCAGUCAAUGAGACCACCAUCAUGCUCAAGUGGAUGUAUAUCCCAGCAAGCAACAACAACACACCAAUCCAUGGUUUUUAUAUCUACUACCGACCCACAGACAGUGACAACGACAGUGACUACAAGAAAGAUAUGGUGGAAGGGGAUAGGUACUGGCACUCUAUCAGCCACCUGCAACCAGAGACUUCUUAUGACAUCAAGAUGCAGUGUUUCAACGAAGGAGGGGAGAGCGAGUUCAGCAACGUGAUGAUCUGUGAGACCAAAGCUCGGAAAUCUGGUCAGCCUGGUCGACUCCCACCUCCAACUCUGGCCGCCCCUCAGCCCCCACCCCCAGAAACCAUGGAGCGACCAGUCGGCACUGGGGCCAUGGUGGCACGUGCCAGCGACCUGCCCUAUCUGAUUGUUGGAGUCGUCCUGGGCUCGAUUGUUCUCAUCAUCGUUACCUUCAUCCCCUUCUGCCUGUGGAGGGCCUGGUCUAAGCAAAAACAUACAACAGAUGUGGGAUUCCCUCGAAGUGCCCUUGUGUCAUCCUCUUGUCAGUACACGAUGGUGCCACUGGGAGGAGUCCCGGACCACCGAGCCGGUGGACAGCCCUACCUCAGUGGCAUCCCCGGACGGGCCUAUGCCAAUGGGCUGAGCAGGGGCUGCCCUGUGGCUGCAGGGGGCUACCCAGGCAUGAAGCCCCGGCAGCACUGCCGAGGGGAGCUGCAGCAGCAGGGUGACACCAACAGCCUGCUGAGGCAGACCAUUCUUGACAAGGGCUAUGAUCCCCAAAGCCAGGAGGUUACCAGAGAUCGCAAGUCUAGCCUGGAUGAGGGCUCAUUCUUAUACACACUGCCUGAUGACUCUACUCACCAGCUGCUCCAACCCAAAGACCCCCACCACUUCCAAGAGCAGCCUGCAGCCGUCACCCAGUCAGUACAGAGGAGAGCAGCUGACAACCCUAAGCUGAAUGCUGUCUGGGACCCUCCGUUCCACUCAGGGCCCCCGUGCUGCCUGGGCCUUGUACCAGUUGAAGAAGUGGACAGUCCUGAUUCCUGCCGAAUGCGUGGAGGAAACUGGUGUCCCCAGCACCCCGCAGGGGCCUAUGUAGGACAGGAUCCUGGGAUGCAGCUCUCCUCCAGCCCAUCAGUGCCUGUGUCUUUUGAAACACCACCUCCCACAAUUUAAGCAGAAGUCAACAUCCCAAAAAGACUAUAUUGUGGGUUUUUUUUAAAGAGAGAGAGAAAAUUGGUAUUUAUUUUUCUAUUAUAGCCAUAUUUAUAUAUUUAUGCACAUGUAAAUAAAUGUAUAUGUGUUUUUAUAAUUCUGGAGCGACCCAAGGAAUCCUCCUCCCUGUUGACGUACAUAAGGGAAAUACAAGCCACGACUACGUAACCAGAGUCAACCAAGAAAGUAACAGGGACUCCUCACAGGCCCCGCAGCUCCUGGGCUUCUUUGAGGCCCACAGACGAACUCAUAGGAGGCUGGACCCUAGCACACUGUUGGUGAAAAGCACCAGCAAAAAGCAAGGGCCAGGGCGUCACAGACUGGAGACACCCAGAAGAUGGUGGGGGCCGGUGGCAAAGGCAGCGUUUCCUAAGAUGCCGUGAAAACACACUAAGAGAUGUACAGCACCGUAAGCAUUAACAAACCUUCCAGAAUCAAUAAUCUGUGGCAACAUAUCUCUGUAAAAACAAACACUGUAACUUCUAAAUAAAUGUUUAGUCUUCCCUGUAA